CAAGUUUAUCAUGGGACGCGGAGUGGGUACGAAAGGGCUCAAGCGACCUCGAUGCGAGCAGCUGACUUGCAGAGGGUCGCACCAUGUGAGCCCCCCCGGUGAAGAGGCGCAUUUAUUGGAGGAGAACGAAAAGGACGAGAUCGGGAAAAGAAACAAGAGGAGGAGGAGGUGGUUGUGGUAACUCCUCAUUUACCGAGACGCCUCAUGUGACCAACAGUGACAGUGUUCCCGCUACCCUGGGUGGAGGACGAGCUUCAUUCCCCCACCAUCCCUCAACAAAAAUUGACGUCUUGAUGUAUGCACGCUUGAACGGUGGAAGCAGGCACUUUUCCUCUUCUUGUGCGUGCGGAGCCCUCGGGUUACUUUCUCGGGUUUCACCGUCAUGGCCUGGAGGAGAGCAAGAACACGCUUCUUUUAUUACCCCAUCCAUUACGGCAAUUAGGAUUGGGGUUGAAGCAAGAGACCCUGUGAGAAUAUAAGGUGAUGACCUGGAUAGUGCCAUGUCUGAAGACCAUGAAGCCCACACACAAGCUUCUGUUUGUCCUGUGCCCCAUGCUGGUCCUUGGCUUUAUUUACUACUCAUCGGGGAAGUUACAUCUGAACGUAUGGGGCCAGAAGCCGCAAAUUGGUGCUGAAGUGGCAGCCGUAGUCCUCACUAACGACAAUGAAGUGAAUCGAAUUGCAGAGCUGGAAACGGAUCUCUCCGUGGGACAAAUAGUAGGCUCAGUGUAUGACAAGCAGGGCUUUUUGCUACAGUUGGACACAAAAUUGCCACCGGAGUUGGCGUACAAGUAUGGCAAUCUCAGUGAAGGCGUGUGCAAGCCGGGCUAUGCGGGCGCCAAGAUGACAAGCAUCUAUCCAAAGUUCACAAAAGCAGCGCCCAUGUUUCUUGACCAAAACUUCAAACGUCUCGCAAAAGUCAGCAAUUACUUGCCUCCUUUCGGAUUCAAAACACAAGAAAGGAUCAUUGACAGCAUUUUAACAACCACCAAAAACUUUGGACUAGGAGAUGAAUUGGACAGUCUCAACUGUAAAAAAUGCAUCAUCGUGGGCAACGGCGGUAUCCUGUCCAACAAGUCUCUGGGCUCACGUAUCGAUGACUAUGACGUCGUGGUCAGAUUGAAUGAAGCCCCGGUGGCUGGUUAUGGGAAGGAUGUAGGGACCAAAACCACAAUAAGAAUUACCUACCCAGAGGGCGCCAUCCAGAAGCCGGAACACUACGAAAAGGAUUCACUUUUUGUUUUGACUGCUUUCAAGCCAUUGGACUUCAAGUGGCUUCGACAGAUGGUCUUCAAGGAGAGACUGCGAGGUACCGAGGGUUUUUGGAAGUCUGUGGCCCAGCACGUCCCCCGCGAGCCCAGCGAGAUGAGAAUCCUCAACCCUUUUUUCAUUCAAGAGGCUGCCUUCCAGUUUAUCGGGCUGCCCUUUAACAAUGGCAUCAUGGGAAGAGGGAACAUUCCAACUUUAGGCACGGUUGCCAUCACGAUGGCGCUGCAUAACUGUGAUGAGGUGGCGGUGGCCGGCUUCGGCUAUGAUAUGAACGCGCCCCACGCACCCCUCCACUAUUAUGAGGCCGUCAAGAUGUCUGCUAUCAGAGAGUCGUGGACGCACAACAUAUCCAAGGAGAAAGAGUUCCUGCGCAAGUUAGUGAAGGCCAAUGUGAUCUCCGACCUCACCAACGGUAUCUGAGCACAUUGGCUUCUGUUCUCCUUCCCUUUGGACCUCCUGCGCAGGAAGCCAGGGAAAGAGCAAAAGAACUCCUCCGGUGUCCCAAGUGGCCUCAAGAUACUCGGAGUGGGUUCCAUAUCAAUGGAGAUGACCUUCAAAAAUAAGUCAAGUGGUGACGUGCACACACGCGUGCCUUCUGAACCAAAGACUCCGACCGAUUGAAGCAACACGGAAGGGGAGGACGACGCAAUCCGCUCACUUCCUGUUUGACACUAGAGCGUUUUUACCAAUAUCAUCUCCGGGAUCACACCAAUGACAUGACAUGCAGAAGGCGGGACAAAAGCGGAGAUGGUGCAGGGACGGGCCAAGUAUUAGCAGUGCCAAAUGUACCUCGAACGGAGGAGAGGUGGCAUUCCUCUCCUUUUUUUGCUGCCUGAAUGUAUUCACUUUCCUCUGUGUACAUAGCAAAAGAUUUUUACUUUUUAACGAGCUGCUGCAGCAGCAUCCUCAUCUUCUCCUUUCUGUCUCUGCAGUUUCGGUUCUGUCCAUUUUUCACACGAGCAGUUAUGUCGGGAGUAGGAUAAGUGCUUGGAACAGUUUGCACUCACGUGGCCAUGGAUCCUCUCUAAGGCCCCUUCAAUUCUCAACAGAACUCGUCUUUAUUUGACAUCUUGUGGUGGUGAAGAUGUAAGGUUGAUUUAACAAACCCAGUGCAUGCAUAUUCUUUUUAAGUGUACUUCAAUCCUUGUUUUACCAAAGUUUCCUUCAUAGAAUCUCGAAUGCGGGGUUUCCCAACCUUUGUUUCACCAAAGCACAUCAAGAAAAGUCUCGCAGUUCACUACCAAAUUUAAAAAAAUGUCCUUUUUAAACCAUUUAAGGGCACCAUAAGUAUUUUGUGAGGCUAAAAAUCUAUUUUAUUUUGAUAACCACAUUUUUUUUGUCCCAUCGCCCAUGUACCACUACAUAAGCUUAAAAAAAAACUUUAGCUCAUUGAAGGCCUCAGUAGUGAACACCAAAAAUCGAUUUCUAAAUCGAAAUAGCCUGAAAUCUUUAAUUUUUUUCCCCCCUUGUGGUGCUAUUCCAGUUUUUGACCAUUUAAGGCCACCGUAAUUAUCACCUAAUUGAUACAGGGGAAAUCCGUUUAAUUCUUGGUUUUCUGCUGUUACACCC